AUGACUCGACUUUUUUCCCUUGAAUUCGAAUCCUCCGCCGCUGCAACUGGAUUCCGGCGAGUGCCGCGUCGCCUAACGCCGGCGAGUUCACUUCCGUCUGCUGCUGUUUCCUGGUUUGGGUCGCGACCAGCGGCGCUUGGCCUUCGGCCGCGCCGCUCAGUCGCCUGGAACUGCUGCUGCUCGCCCGGAGUCGCGGUUGCUUCUUCUCCUGUUGCAGAGCUCCGACGACUGCUGCUGUUCGUCGAGGAGUCCGCCGACUGCUGCUGUUCGUCGAGGAGUCGCUGCUGCUCGCCCGGAGUCGCCGCUGCUGCUUCUCCUGUUGCAGAGCUCCGACAGCCACCACCGUCGUCGGCUGCCGCUGCCUCGCCCAAGGCCGACUUCUGCUGCCAAACAUCGAACGCUGCUGCUGUAGGGAGGCCGGCGAACAGCCGGGUGUUCGCCGUUUCCAGUUCUUCUCCGAGUUCCGAAGCCGGUGAGAGCUCCAUCAUCGCGUCGUCUCGUUCGUCUCUCGGUUCAGGCGAAGUCGCCCCUGCUCAGCUGGACGACCUCCGCCUCCUCUUCAUCGGUCCGCGUCGACGUCAUUUGGUACCCGUCCCCGGUUUAAUGAAAUCAGGUGAAUAUCAAGGUGGGGGUGGACGAAUUUACACAAGGUCUCACCUUGAACUUGGCAGGGCACCGAAUGAAGAGCUCCUUCCUGUUUUGCUAGAAACCUUAAGUGUGGAAUGAGAAUGAAGUUCUUGUUUGCUGCAAAGAGAGGUAAAAAGGGAGGAGGGCUGUAUUGUUGGGGUGCGAGAAUGCAGCAGGCUCAAGAGAAGUUAGGGGAGUGUGCAGCACAUGUCUCCACCCCCUUUUUCUUUUUCCCAUUUUCUUGAACUUAGGGAGGGGUGGCAGGUGGUGGAGUAGGAAAGUGGUAGAGUGUAAACCGUAGGGAGUGCAUUCCCUUCUUCAUUUUCCUUUGUUGCAGAUGGUAGAUAAGCAUGUGUGUGUAUGGUUGUAAAGUAUGAUGUGAUCUAAAUAUAAUCCUUCAGUGUUGUUGCUCUA